UUCCAGAAUUCGUAUGGACUGCAUAUGAAGAUGGCUCAGCUUGAACAGAGAGUUUGGGCCAUUGUGGAGGAAGUCUCAGGUGAUGCAGUGAAAAUCACUGAAAAAUUCUUCAGACCACUCUUGAAAAUUCAAUCAACCGAGGAUAUUGAGUCGUGUCUGAACAUUCUGCGAAGCAAAGGAUUAGCUGAAUAUAACAACAAAAUAAAGGAAUUUUUGGGAUCCAGACCACUUACAAAAAAAAGAAAGCAAACUGACCUGGAAGAUGAUGCCAAUGAGGAAUGUUCAAACACUUCUGAGGGACUCCUUGAGAAGUACAGCAAGGUAGUUGAUGAGCUUCAAAUGAUGAAGGACAAAUGUUCCAAACUGGAAACAGAAAACUCAGAAUUGAGGCGUCAACUGACAGAGCAUUGCUCGAAGUCCAAGGAAAAUUCAUCAAAGGACAAAGAAAUUGAAGCAUUCUGGAGAUUUGAAAACGGACGAGAGGAAUGGUUGCCGGCCAAAUUGAUCCGAAAAUAUGCUAACGGAGAGUGUUCAGUCCAGUACUCUGAUGGAGUUAGUAGAGUGAGGUCCUCAUGGGUGAGAGAGGUGGGACAGAUGUAAGGUCAUCCUAUUGCCACAUCUAGAAGCUAUACCUAUUUUCUCAAGACUAAAAAUGUCGUGAACUUAAAAUAAAUGUUGAUAUCAAUAUAUGCAACCAGAGUACAUAUUAAGGCACUUGAUGUUAUUUUUCUGAAUGAUUGAAGUCAGGUUUCUCAUACUAAGACAUUUCCCUGUCAAGUUAUGGAAUUAACUUAAA